GUACGGCUUCACUCGGGUCAUGAGCAGUUAUUUCUUCGAGGACUCGAGCGAGGGCCCCCCGCACGACGAUAACUACAACACCUUGGACGUGAUAAUCAACCCGGAUGGGACCUGUGGGAACGGGUGGGUGUGCGAGCACCGAUGGGGGCCCAUCGCCCAUAUGGUGGAGUUCAGGAAUGCGGUGGCGGGGACGGAGAUGGGGAAUUUCUUCUUGGAAGGGGAUCGGGUGGCUUUCUCUCGGGGCGACAAGGGAUUCUUCGCGAUGGUGAAGUCGGGCUCCAUGGAGGGGAGCUUCCAGACCGGGAUGCCGGGGGGUUCGUACUGCAACAUCAUCGACGGGUGCGCGACGCAGGUGACGGUGAACGGGGACGGGACGGCCCAGAUCCGGAUCACCAACGCCGAGGAGCCGAUCCUGGCCAUCUGCGUCGGGUGCACGGGAGACAGGCCCACCCCUGACCCAACUGCCACGACGAUGUCGACGCAGCCGACCACCCCGGGCCCCACCGAGCCUCCAAUCACGGACGGCAUCCACCGCACGGUCGUCUU